GUGAAAUUCUUUUAUUUACGAUAAAUAAUGUUUGUUUAUGAUAAAUAUAAUAAUAAUGUCUUAUCGACAAUUCUAUUGCCGCUCUCUUGACGAUGAAUCACUCAAGUAACGAAUAUGGCUCUGACAGACUUCUUGCAGAAUACAGACAUUUGUUAUUGAAUUUAAAAACAACUGCAGAAGCUCUGUUUCUUUCACAAGCUUGCAAUGUCUGGAAUGUUUAUGGUGGUUUAAACAGACUGCACGAUGUUAUUGAGAAUAUAUUCCAACAUGGGACUAAAGUUUAUAAACCCGAUGGCACUCCUGAUUCAUGGUUAUUCAUAGAAGGCUUGAACUGGAUAAAUCCUUCUUUAGCUUCAAAUGAUACAGAAAUCAAUUCAACAAUUCCUUAUUCCAGAAUUAAAAAUGACAAAGCAUUGAUUUGGAUUUAUAACAAUUUAGAGAAUCACACACUUUCACAGAAAUUAUGUUGGCUAAUAUCAGAUAAAGAACAUUUAGCAUCCUGUUUUGAGAAAACUGCUUAUCUUUGCCAAGAGAGCUAUUCAGAAGCCACAUUAAUAUGUCUGAGGGCUAUCGAACAAAACCAGCCCUCCAUAAUAACAGAUAUAGAUCCCUAUUUGUUUUUAGAUCGAGCAAAUGUGAAGCAGUUACACAAGUUGCAUCGCAGGUGUUCCAGUUACCCAGAAUAUGCAAACCAUUUGAGGUUGGAAGUCAAGAAAGAGACAAUUGUAGAAGAUUUGGAGCCCAAAAUGGGGGUAAAUGAGGAACUUUAUAGUAAUGCAGUAGUCAGGGAACAGAAUAGAGAAAAAACUAUUAAACAACACAAAAAAAAUCUUGAUUUUGACAUAAAGUCUUGGUCAAAUUUUCCCAUUGAUAACUAUCAUGAUGAGUUUGUUAAAAAACAUAAAAGUAACUCUCUCAAUGGAGAUGAAUCAGCUUCUACACAUGUUCCUGAAAAUAAUAUAGCGUUAUUACAUUGCGAAGACAUUAAAAUAUAUACUCACAAUAAUAUUAAUGAUAUGAAUAGCAAUGAUGUGGAUGAAACUGCUAUUGAACCAGAUUUAAGUACUCCCACAGAUGUUAUAUUUUUGGAAUCGGAUUCAAACACCUUUGUAGAGGACAAAAGCAAUAGUAGUUGCAUGAGUUUGGAUAUGUGGCACCAACAAAACUUAAUUCAAUCUAUGUCUGAACCCAAUUUCACUAGGGCUCCUCAAUUAUCAAGUUCUGAUGUAUUUGAACAAAGGUCUGAUUCAUCUUCCGUCAACACAACUCAACCUGUUGAUUUAAAAAGAAAAUUCUCAUUUUUUUCCUGGGAUACCAGUUCUACAAACACACACAGCUUACCAAAGAGCGCAUCUAAAUUAUCACAGCUUUCUAAUUCAGCACCAGGAUUUUUAUUCACUCCAAUGUCUGGAGAAGUUAUAAAAGAUAAAGGUAAAAUGAUGACAUUUAUUGAAGAUGGGGGCUCCAGUAUUCCACCUAUGGCAAGUGGAUUCUUUCCAAAACCUCAGCCUGGUGAGAGUUUGCUAAGUUUUUUAAGGUCUUCAAAAAAUAUCCGAACAAAUGCUGAAUUAGAUAGAGAAAAUGCUCAUUUUAGUUUCUCAGAGGCGAUGAUUGCAGCUGUUGAACAAUUGAAGUAUAACAGAUUUCAGAAACAUUAUGAGGAGGUUAUUGAGAGUGAUGAAGAAAUAAAUGAUUUAAAACAAAGGAUAAGAAUACGCAGAAGACAGAGGGAGCAUGAGAAAGCUAAGAAAACCUGGGACUCGCCUUCAAUGAGUGAUGCUAAAACAGAUGCCAUAAACGGAAGCGCCAGUCCAAUGUUUGCUUCUGACAGUUGGGAAUCUGAUGUUUCUAAUAGUUUAGAUUUAGAUGUUGAGACUUGUCCAAAGAAAAUAAAUGAUUUUGAGAAUAUUUCUGCAUCUUUGGAAUCUCUUUAUAGCACAUCUGAAAUAUUCGAUGGCAUGUUAAAUCGUAAGACUUUAGGAAUUAAUUCAAAAAAAGAUGAGAAUUUGCUGUCUGCAGAAUGUGUAGCAUUAAGCUUGAUUAGUAGAUUUAAUGAAGAACAACUUCCUAAAGCGUCUGAUCUUAUAUGGUUAGUGUCAGAGGAAGAUGUCCCACAAAGUCUGCUCCCUCUUCCUGACAAUUGGUCUAUGAGCCCCAGUGACAAAGAUUCUAGUUUUAACAUCAGCAAUGAUAGUUUUAUUUGUGGAAAUACAAAUUUGAAUAAGAGUGCCUUAGGUGGUGCCACACCUUUGAGGGGCACUGAGGAUUGGGCUCCGCCUAGAGCCCAAGUUAUUUUCACACCUCAUCCGAAACCUCAAUGUAAAAAGCUUCUAGCAAAACAAAAUUAUAGAUGUGCAGGGUGCUCAAUGCAUGUAGCUCCUCGUUAUGGACACAAAUUUAGAUAUUGUGAAUAUUUAGGUAAAUUAUUUUGUACAGGCUGCCAUAGCGAAAGAUUAGCUACAAUACCAGGACGAGUUUUAUCUAAGUGGGAUUUUAAAAGAUAUCAAGUAUCUAAUUUUUCUUAUCGUUUACUGGAACGUAUGUGGAAUGAUCCUUUAUUUAGAGUUGAUUUACUGGCUCCAGGAUUGUAUACAAAGAGCAAAGCUCUAUUUAGAUGUAAAAUGGCUCGCAUAAAAUUAUCAGCUGCUAAAGAAUUCAUCAUUACUUGCAGAUUUGCACCUGAUCUGCAUAAACAAAUAAUAAACGAACAAUCUCACAUUUACAAUGAAACUGAUGUGUGGUCAAUGAAUGAUUUUAUUCAAGUGAAAAAUGGUGACUUGUUAAUACGUUUAAAUGAGCUUGUUAAAAAUAGUGAUAUACAUGUAACUCAAUGUGAGUUGUGUACUGCACGAGGCUUUGUUUGUGAAUUUUGUUGCAAGGAAACUAUUUUUCCUUGGCAGAGUAAUGUAACUAGAUGUGAGAUUUGCGGUUCUUGCUAUCACUCAGUUUGCUGGAAUAAAAUAAUGACUUGUUCAAAAUGUAUACGAAUUGGUAAACGUAAAGCUGAUAAGGCAGCUCCUUGAAUAAAUCUACCAAGUCUAAUAAUAUAUAACAAUAAUAAUAUAUUGUUUAUCA